AUGAAGAUUCUAACAGAAGAAGAAAUCAAAGCACACCAUUACCAUACCCUCUCCGGAGCUAUCAAAGGUGGUGUAAUCGGUCUUGCUAUAAGUGGGUUUAUUUUUAAGAUUGUUCCAUUGAAAUUUCCAAAAUUUAACCCAUCAAGGAUGACGCCUUCGAUCAAGACAGCACUAUUUAUCUCUCCUCCUACUCUAUUUGCUUCUAUUUGCGCGGAGGAAGCGUCAAAUAGUUUUGAUAGAGUGAUGUAUGGUACUGGCAAUAGCCGUGAACUAAUAGAAGAGCACCAAAGAUGGUCAAAGUUGUCUUUGUCUGAUAAGAUCCUAGAAAGUUCUAAUAAGCACAAGUAUAAGAUUAUUGUGGGUGCGUGGGCAGCCGCUAUGUACGGUUCAUGGCGUGUUGUUGAUCGUGAUCCUAUUAUGACUAAAACGCAAAAAAUUGUGCAGGCAAGAAUGUAUGCUCAAGGUUUAACGGUGCUAUUAUUGUUAGGGUCGGUAGGUUUGUCUAUGUAUGAAUCCAAGAGACAUCCUGAGACACAUAGCUUGGACACUUCCCGCCGCUGGGAAAACCUCAUAGAGCAAGCUGAACAGCAAGAAGCUGCCGCCAAGCUGACUCAAAGAAGUAAUGAUGACAGAAUCAAGGGUAAGAUUUUCAAGUGA